AUGUCAAAGGAAGACAUUGAAGGAACUAACGUUCUGGACGAACCUGUCCACGGGAUCUACAUUCCUGCGGCACUAUUCGCUGUUGGUGUCGCCAUCACCACGUAUAUGUCUGGUGAAUUGAAAAUCUUGUGGAGUUUACCCGUUCUCUUCAUGAUCAUCUUUGUAAGGGCCUAUGCGGCCUACAAAAGGAGAAGGUCACUCUACCAAGACAGAUGGACUCCUUUAGAAUUAGAAGAUCAAACCAUAAUUUCCAAGAAUACCGCCCUGUACCGUUUCAAGUUGAAGACAAGGCUGGAGAGCUUAGACAUCCCUGCCGGCCAUCAUGUCGCUGCACGUGUCCCCAUUGAUGGAACACACGAGGUCAGGUACUAUAACCCGAUCAGUUCUAAACUGGAAGACGGGCAUUUGGAUUUGGUGGUAAAGGCAUAUGCUGAUGGUAAAGUCUCCAAGUACUUCGCCGGCCUGAACCCCGGUGACACCGUGGAGUUCAAGGGACCAAUAGGUACCUUGAACUACGAACCAAAUUCUUCCAAGCAUUUAGGCAUUGUGGCAGGUGGUUCCGGUAUUACACCAGCCCUACAAAUCUUAAAUGAAGUCAUCACCGUUCCUGAAGAUUUGACCAAGGUCUCCCUGUUGUAUGCUAAUGAAACUGAAAACGAUAUUCUAUUAAAGGACGAACUUGACGAAAUGGCCGAAAAAUACCCACAUUUUCGAGUUCAUUACGUGGUACACUACCCAUCUGAAAGAUGGACCGGAGAUGUCGGCUACAUAACCAAGGACCAGAUGAGCAAGUACCUACCGGAAUAUUCGGGUGAUAACAGGCUUCUGAUCUGUGGACCUGACGGAAUGAACAACUUAGCCCUUCAAUACGCUAAAGAACUAGGCUGGAAGGUCAAUUCAACGAGAAGUUCUUCUGGUGAUGAUCAAGUUUUUGUUUUUUAA